CAAAUUUCCCAGACAUUUUGAUAAAACGUCGACUUCAUUGAUUUCUGCCGAUGUUUUUAGACCACGUCGGCAUAAGUCGCUCAGAGACCAGAGUUGAGUCAUAAGGAAGAGUGAAUUUUUCCCGAUUCAGAGUUGGAUUGAGAAGAAAUGUGAAAUUGGGAGGUGUUGUAUGCACCACGUACGAAAGAAGCUCUUAGAAAUCUUCCAACUUCAGAGUUCGUACUUCCAGUCACAGCUCUCAUUGAUCCUGAAUUUUGGGUUCUACGAUUUCUCUCGCAAUGAAUUUGAUUUCUGCGCAGACCCAAAUUCCCCGUGGAUGCCCUUCUCUUUCGAUUCCCUCCUUCAACCCCCCUUCCCAAUUUCCACCAUCUCCGUUUCUCAUGCCCUAUGCUCCUGCUCCCCAUUUCGCCGAAUUAGCAACCAGUAAUGGCGAUUCCCGCGGUGGUUUCCGGCCCCGUGUCGUUGCGAAGGCUUCCGCUACUUCUGGGUACGGCGGCGAAGAGAUCGCGGAGAUUCUCGGUGAUGUUCGCAUUUUUACUGCGGCCGGUGAGCAUGUUUUGUUCAAGGACCUCUGGGAUCAGAAAGAGGGUAUGGCUGUUGUUGCACUUUUGAGGCAUUUUGGAUGCCCUUGUUGUUGGGAACUUGCUUCCACUUUAAAAGAAUCCAAAGCAAGAUUUGACUCAUCUGGUGUGAAACUAAUAGCCAUAGGCGUCGGUACUCCAAAUAAAGCACGCAUCCUAGCAGACCGGUUGCCUUUUCCAAUGGAUUGCCUAUAUGCCGAUCCUGAGAGGAAGGCCUAUGAUCUACUGGGUCUGUACUAUGGCUUUGGUCGUACAUUCUUUAAUCCAGCUAGUGCCAAGGUACUCUCGAAGUCAAGAUUCGAUGCUUUGCGAGAAGCUACGAAAAACUAUAGUAUCGAUGCAACCCCAGAUGAUAGAAGUGGGGUAUUGCAACAGGGAGGGAUGUUUGUCUUUAAGGGCAAGCAACUGUUGUAUGCUCGAAAAGAUGAAGGUACCGGCGAUCACGCUCCAUUAGAUGACAUCUACGACGUCUGUUGUCGAGUCCCAGCCUAAAUCUUCACUGCAUCUCGUGACGUUUGGAUAUCGAUUGGUUUCUUUGCUUCUGAUCUCUUAGUAAAAUGUAUCACGAGAGAAAAGUGUGCUGUAAAAGAAAGGUGUUGUGGUAACUUAUAUCAAGUUAAAAACGAAAAGCACUACUGCAAUAAUAUAAAUUAUACGAAUGUAUAGGAAAAAAAUUGAAUAACUUCAUAUAA